AUGGCUCAAUCCGGACGAGACAGCGGAGGUGACCUCUUCGACAUGGCACAAAAAGGCACAAAGGUACCAGACGACGCAGCAGAGCCGCGAUACAUCCCAUCCAAAGCGCGGCCGGAUCAAAUAGCCUCUGAAACCGAUCCUAACAAUCUGGGUGGCCGGACACUUGCAGAGGCAGCGACCAACGAAGGCGACAUCCCCAGGACCACCAGAGACACUGCUGUGAACGAUGUUCUUACUGGAACGGGAGAUUCUCUCCCCUCCCAAGUUGACUCCAAACGACUGCACGCGGUACCCGGCGGUGUCACCCACGAUCCAUUUGCCAAGGGUUCAACCAGGAUGACGGAGCACAAAGUGCAGCCGUCGGAUUUUGUACAGGGUGCGUCGGAUGGUCCGCGGACUGAUCGAGCUCCUGGUCAAGAGGGAUUGAGUGAUGAGCAGGCGAUGGACAACCUCGAGCGCAGAGGAUGA